CAUUGGUGGUGGUAAUAAGAAGAGUUUACUCUCUAAUCUAACAGCUUUUGUUCUGACUACAAACGGAGUAAUAGUAAUAUAUAUUAUUUAUUGUAUAUUGGAGGACUGUAAUAAUAGUAAGUUAAAGUAAGAAAAAAUAAAAUACGAUGAUUUUUGAAUGUCAAACAUAUAAGAUUGUGGUGAUUGUAUUUCAUAUAUAUCUCGUCCAAAUUGCAAGCUUUUAUAAACACGAAGAGAAGAACGUUUUAUUUGUCUUUAUUGAUGAUCUGCGGCUCCUUACUAAUGCCCAAGUUUAUUUACCGAAUAUUCAUAAAUUGGCGGGAAACGGAAUAAUUUUUCAAAAUGCAUUUGCUCAACAGGCGCUAUGCGCUCCAAGCAGAAAUUCAAUAUUGACCGGACGAAGACCCGAUUCAUUGCGCUUGUAUGAUUUUUAUAGUUACUGGCGGGAUAAGGUUUCAAAUUUCUCCACGAUACCACAAAUAUUUAAGGAAUCUGGAUAUGAAACGUACUCAUUUGGUAAAAUAUUUCAUCCAGGACAAAGUUCUAAUUUUACUGAUGAUUACCCGUACAGCUGGUCCGUACCGCCAUUUCACGCCCCGAGUGAGAUUUUCAAAGAUGCAAAAAAUUGCAAAGAUGAUAAGACUGGGAAAUUACAAAGAAAUCUUAUUUGCCCUGUUAAUGUAACUACUCAACCAAGAAAAACAUUACCGGAUCUAGAAAUUUUAAAUAAUGCAAUUAAUGUUUUGAAAGAAAGAGAUGCAACAAAACCGUUUUUUGUAGCGGUAGGAUUUCACAAACCACAUAUUCCAUUGAGGUUUCCAGCUCAGUAUUUAGAAACUGUUCCAAUAGAAAAAGUAAAACCGCCAUCUUAUCCAUUCAGACCACAAUAUCUUCCAACAGUAUCAUGGCAUCCUUGGCUAGAUGUUCGCAGACGAGACGACAUAAAACGGCUUAAUAUAUCCUUUCCAUAUGGAACCAUGCCCUAUGAAUGGACCCUGAGGAUCAAACAAAGCUACUAUGCCGCAUCUUCUUACGUCGAUGAAUUGAUUGGGAACUUACUUGAUUAUGUUGAUAUGAGGAAAACGAUCGUUGUAUUGACAAGUGAUCACGGGUGGUCCUUAGGUGAAAAUGGACUAUGGGCAAAAUACAGCAAUUUCGAUGUAGCAUUAAAAGUACCACUUAUAUUCCAUGUACCCGGCAUAUAUCCAAAACACGUAGACAGCCCUGUGGAAUUAAUAGACAUAUUUCCGACUUUGAUAGAACUGGCUGGCUUAAAAUCUAGCAUACCGAAGUGUAAAAAUAGCAAAGAUAUAAAAUGUUUCGAAGGGAAAAGUUUAGUUCCGUUAAUGCAUGACGUAGAACAAGAUAUAAAAAGAACAGCCUUUGCUUUAAGUCAAUAUCCUCGCCCGUCAAUACAACCUCAAAUCAAUUCUGACAAACCGCGACUAAGAGAUAUAAAAAUAAUGGGGUAUAGCAUACGCACAAAAAGAUACAGAUACACAGAAUGGAUAUCGUUUAAUAGCACAUUAUUGACAAAAGAUUGGAAUACGACAUUUGGUAUUGAAUUGUAUGACCAUGUCAUGGAUCCUGAGGAGUCUAACAACAUUCACACUAAACAUAAGUAUAAACAUAUAAAAUCUAAGCUAUCGAAAUUGCUUAGGACCCAAAAUAUUAGGUAAUCAUAACAUAACUUAAAUAAGAAUAAUAUAAGAAUAAUUAAAAAAUAUCUAUAUAUAAUUUUAAAUGCUUGACUUAAGUGACUAAUACUCAUUAGUGCAUACGUAGGAUAUCGUAAAUAUUUACAAUAAAAUAUAUAAAUAUCGUAAUUUAAUGUUUCGUCGUCAUUAUUCAAAUAGCAAAGAUAUCGUUAUCUAAUGGCAGGAAGUAGAGAACAUUUUAGUUUAAUGUAAUAAAAAUGUUUUCACUAAAUUAUCGAGAAAAAUUGCAAAGAUGAUAAGAAAAUCAAAACUAGGAAUGUUUGUUCCGCGUCCGUUACACCCAAAUAUACUUUAGUGUAAGUAGCUUAUGC